ACUGGUCAUCUCUAUCUCAUGCCACCAUCAUCACUUCGUACAUGUACAUCUCCGCCUCUCUAAACCCCUCGACGUCCUGGUUCGACCCCAGCUUUGCGAACAGUCAUCGAUACAGUUGUCAUGUCUGUCCCUCCAGUCAAGGACUCUGUGACGCCCGAUCAAAACCAAGGCCAGAAAAGAGGACGAUUCGAUAGCAUGAUUGACCGUGCCUUCGCGCCUCCGAAGACACCAGAUGGCUCGCCGAAGAUGUCGCCGAAGGAUUUGAAUAGGCUGUCUAUGUCUGGCGAUUCGGUGACUUCGCCUCCUGAGAUACCAGAUACGCCGCAGACAGGUACUUUGGAGCCGAUAUGGGAGAAGGUGAGGCAGGCGAAGGAGAAGCGGUUGGCGAAGCUACCGUCGAAAGUUCAAUCACUGGAAGUGGUGCAAGAAAUUUCUGGGUCAUCAAAAGAGGGGGGACAGUCACAGGGUACCUUGAAGAAACCUACCAAGCCAAACUCUGGAAUCACCUUCAAAGAAACGUCAGAUGGUAGGGAAGUCAUAGCAACGAUUGAGAUGUCCGGAGUCAAGAAGGAGGAUAUGCAUGUCAGCUUUAAAGGGAAUCGCGUGGUAGUCACUUGGCGGAAAACUCGAAUGAUUGAAAAGAAGGAGGGGGAGAUCCUGGUACGAGAACGCCUUGAGAAACAGUACAGCCAGGUAUUUCCUUUGCCGGAAGGGACGCAGUUCGAAGAGAUCAAGGCAGGGCGAGAUGGACGACGGCUGAUAUUAACAUACCCGAAUAUUCGGCAUCCACGACACUUGACGAACUCCUCUGCUACGGUUGUUUCCCAGUCUGGUGCGACAGAAUAUUAUACAUGUUUGGCGGAGUAGCACAUCAGUGGGCAAUCGUCACCGGGCAAACAGCACAUCGAACGAUUAUCGACAUCUUCCAGCAGUAUGCAGCCUGAGGACACUGCGAGGUGUGGGUAGAAGCGUCUCCGUCGUGGCCCUACAUUUAAGGCGGUGCUGUCAGAGAAAAGUUAACGAAACGAUGCCAUUGCAUGCCGUCCAUCAUUACUAUGUUAUAAGGCAUUCC